AUGAACGUUGAGGGAGUGAAAAUGUGCACGCCUCUGAAAACAAACAAGGAGAAGAAAAAAGGAGCAGCAGUCGACACCUGUUGGCACGUAGCCGCACUGGGAUUCCUGGUUAUCUUUCUUGGCACAGCAGCUCAGUCAAACUCCGCCUUUUUCUACGUGGGUUUUAUGGAGCAAUUCGGCGUCAACAGGGAGACUGCUACCUGGCCCGGCAGCAUAGGAACGGCGUUUUCUCACUUGGCUGCUAUUUUCGUGGCACUGUUUCAACGGAAAGUAUCACUUUUCACGAUAUUUCUUCUGGGAGCUUUGUUCAUCUGGUCAGGAAUUGUGGCAUCCGCAUUUGUUCCCACCAUGGCAUGGAUGACGGUGACCUUCGGCGUUAUUCAAGGUCUGGGAUCUGGUGUUAUUUCAUUGACGUAUAGUAUACUCCUUGCUAUGUAUUUUGACAAGUACAGAGGCUUAACAUCAGGAAUGAAGUUUGCUGGAGGAUCAUUGGGCGGUCUGGUUUUUCCCAAGUUUCUUUCCUACUUACAAAAUGAAUACGCCUUUCGUGGUACGCUUCUAAUCUUCGGCGGCAUCACUAUGCACCUUUCGGCCAUCGGUAUUUUGGUCAAGGAACCACCGUGGACGUCCUUGAUAAAAAACGAUGAGGGUGCGCGGAAUGCAACUGAGGAAGGUUCGUCGAAAAUACAGAAAAUCUCGGCUGAUUUCGAACAACUCCAACAAGCUUCAACGACCCCUGCCCAAAAGCAAGUCAAGAAACAUCGUCCGGCACUGAAGCUGUUACGUAAUCCCAUGCUUUGGGUUGUUGUCUCAGUGGUAGUGGUGACAGACUUGACAGGAUCUGCGUUUGUCACCACUCUGGUAGACUACGCACUAGACAAAGGUUUGUCGAUUGAAGAUGCAGAAUCCCUCAUCAUGUACGGGUCUUGCAGCCAACUUAUUGGGCGGUUGUUCCUUCCCCUUAUGGCGGACAGGAGAUUCUUUCGACGUAGCACCUUAGUUUUGGCGAGCUUUUUUAUAUGGGGAUGUUCAGUGAUUGCGAUGUCGUAUGCCACGCUUCGUGUGCACAUAAUUCUUCUGUGCUUGAGCGUGUAUCUCGUCUACGGAUGUCUGCAACCUAUGAGGAGCGUCCUCAUGGCAGACUACAUUGGUGUCCAAUGGAUCUCAACAUGCUACGGGCUCUCAGGGUUGUUCUUGUUGCCUCUCACGUUAUGCAGUCCAUCAAUAACAGGUUUUUUUAGGGACUUUCAUGGAAGUUACGACGGCCUGUACAUGCUUCACGGCGGAAUACAGCUGGCAGCUUCGGCCCUUUUCCUCGCUGUUGUCUGUGUUGAAAGAAGGAACAGAAAAACAUGGACGCUAAGUGACACAACCUGA